GCCCACAAGGAAAAAAAAAGAAAAAAAAAAAAAAAAAAAACCCAAAAAGCCUAACCAGCCCAUUGAUCUCCUCUUCCUUCCCCCCUCAGCUUCUCACGCUUCUUCGUUGUACACUUGUACUCUAUAGGGUUUAUCACAGAAAAACCCCAUUGUUAAUUUCCAAAAACACCUCUUUUUCUCUGUCCUUGAAAUCAAACAAACAUGGAUUCAAGACCAGACCCCCAAUUACACAAAUCUAAGAAAAACAAGAGGAAAAUCCCCAAAGUUGAUACGACAAUCGAAAUGUUGAAGGAGAAACAAGAGAAGAACGCACCAAUUAUAGGAUACUACCCAUCUGGGUUCGACCCAUUAAAGCGCAAAAAUCCAGAAACAAGUGACCUAUUUUUUUACAGGAAUCAGAAAAAGCUUAGAAGAGUCGAGUUUGUUGUAAAGCCAAAUGAGUCCGAAGUUGAUUAUAUGGGUUCCAAUCAUUCUGGUGAAGCUGCUGCUGGUAGGCUGAAUUCUUAUGCUAUUGCGGUUAUUAACAGGCGUUCUCAGUCUUUCAGAUUUUCUCCCAUUGCAGCUAACAGGGUUUUCAGGUUACAACCAUUGCCUAAAGCAUUAGACAUGUCUGAAAAGGAACCUGAAACUCCAGCCAAGGUUGAUGAUGCAGAGGAUAUAAGACAAAAAAAGCGGAGUCUUACUGAUCGUUAUGGUACCAAGACUGCGAUUAAGAAGGACAAGUUAGCAAUGCGGCUAAGUCAAAAGGAAGAUCCUGAUGUAAUGCCGGAGAUAAACGACAUUUUAGAGGAAACUCCUAUAGACGCGACUGCACUUAAAAGUUCCAGUUUGGACACUCCGCAUAGUGUUCCCCCACAUGAUCUCUCGGCUACAACACCUGAGAAGGCUUAUCUGCUCGAAAAAAUUAUACUCAAAGGAGAAUGGGAAUAUGUGAAAGACGUUAUGGAGCUGUUGCAAUCUGGGCAGGAGGUAAAACCAGAUGUUUACCCAAGUUUUGUGUGCAAUCGUUGUUACAAAGUAGAACUAUGCAAGGAUGAGACAGAGAAGGGAAAGCUUGCUGGAAUCCUGUCAUAUAUUGCUCAACUCAUAAACUUCAAGAAUCGACAUUCACUUGAUGGCGGAAAAUCUUCAAAACACAAAUUCCUGCCAAGCAUAUUGUUACAGAAGUUUACAAAAAUGUUUGUGGAUGCAGAUAAAAACCGGAUCGCAGAUGACAAAAUAGGUUCCCUAAUCAGCUAUGUGCUGGUUCUCACCCUAUUUGUUGACGAGUUUCAGACAGAUUUCACAGACAUUGCCAAGGAUUUGAAGAUGAAUGCAUUGAGCCUGAGACCUUAUUUCGAGAAUCUGGGUUGCAAGAUUGCGAGGAGAAAUAAAGUGACUGUGAUGACACUUCCUGUUCCUCUCAAGUUCCCAACACUGAGGAAGAGGAGAAGAGGGUAGACCUUAAUUCCCAUUGAUUCCUCCAACAGAUUUAUGCAGACACUGUCUCUUACAAACUGUGGUAAUCAAAAUGGAUCUAGAGUGCAGCUACCGACAAUGGUACUUGAUUAAUUUAUUUUCUGGAAUCUCAGUAACAGAAAGAUGGUUUGGUACUGCAAGCUAUAGCACAAGAACAACAGCUGAGAAAGAAAGAAGGAAAGAAAAUGAAGAAGAGGUAAAGUUAGAGAUUCUAACUGCAUAGAUAUGCCUAUCAAACAAGUGAAGUGAUUGUUAUUGUUUCUUUUGUGUUUAGCUAAAUUUUACUGGGUUGAAACUGGAUAGACAUGUUUAUGUGUUUUUGGAUUCAUCAUGGCUAAAAUUUGAUAUACAGUUGCUAUUUUAGGAA